AUGGUCAAGCAGUGGACUCUGUUCCAAACCAUCAGUCAGUCAGUGGUGUCAGAUGUCUUGUGGUGGAUGCCAAGGUUCGUUUUAAUUAAUUUUUUUUUCCAAUUUGCUUGCUUUCAAUUCUAACUGGUUUAGAAUGCUUCAAAGGUCAGGGCGCCGGAUUUUAGUGCCAUUUGGCUCCAGUUCAAAGGGCGUGUUCACAUAAGGUGCGAUAUCACAAAUUGUGAUUUUCCAGUAUUUGUAAUCGUAGCGAUUACCGGAAACAGAGCACAUGCGAUGAUCUGAGUACUUCCAUUUCCCAGGCCAGCCCUAUACUUUUAAAUCGCAUCAAAUUACCACUGGCAUGUCCUAAACAAAGGUGAUUUUCCCACUGGGGCGUAAAACUCCCCUGUGCCGGAAAGGGCCGGAAAUGUUCACCUUCUCGUUAUAUGAUGUAAAUUGCAGUUUUUAGAACCAAACUAGAACGGAACACAGAAAUUUGAUUGAUACAGUAAUUGCUAAGAGCUGUGGGUUAAGGAACCAAGAGAGAGUUCUAUUUCGACAGAAUCGCGUUCUUUAGUUCACCGGUAUUAAGUCUUUAAGUCAUAUUGCGGGCAUUUAAGUCCUGUAAAACAUUUUAUACUCUUUUUUAAUCAUAACUAUAUUCUUAUAGGUACGUUUUGGAGUUAACGUUUUUUGGAUAUCGGAAUUAACUAGGAGCAAAAAAUUCUCUAUAAGAUGCAAGAUGCAAUAAUGUUAUAGUAUUUUUGCGCAGUCAUUUUACCGGAGAAUAUGAUUUGGUUGACAAAGUUACCAUGAUGUCUAUUGCAAAUGAUUUCUUUAAAAAAAUCUGCCUUAAGGUCCAAUUCACGGAGGAUUCUCGCAAUGGCACUCCUGGGCUGCGUGUAGCCAGACAUGCGCAGGAGGAAUUCAGCGACGCUUUCGCUUCUGCACCAAUCCCCGGCCAGCCAACGGAGGAAGAAACUGCAGUGGACUGGGGCCAGCUACAGAAACAAGAACUUGUAACACACAAAACUGCUCUUUAG